AUGCUAGAGAGUUCUGGACUUCGUAACUUGCUCAGUCAAAAGGAGAGGGAGUUGCGCGAAGUAUACGAUCUGAAUGUUUCCAAGCUGGAACAGGCCGUCCAUGAGAAGGACGCUGAGAUCAAUCAACUCAAAACUCGAUUCCAAAGUCUUCAAGAUGAUUUUCUGUACAAUUUGAACUUAUUGGAAGAAAGAGAUAAAGAAUUGGAACGAUUCGAGACGUCCGAGGACCAAUUCAAGACUGAUGUACAUGAUCGUGAGGCUCGAAUCAGUGAACUCAAAAUCGUCAUUGCCGACAAGGCUUCAGAAAUAUCCAAUUUACGUGCGUUGGUACAGGCUCAAGAACAGCACGAGAUUGAAGCCAUCCGGAAACUACGCCGAGAACAUGAACUCGCAGUUCAGAGUUACGAAAACGCUCAACGUGCUCGGGACGAUAGAUCCGACGAAGAGAAAACAGAGCUAAUCAUGCAAUUACGUACAGCUGCGCAAGAUUUCGAUCUGCUCAAGCAAACACAUACAGCCGAUCUAGAUAGAAUACGUCGCGACCAUGAGCUAGAUAUACGGCUCAUCAAACAAGACUCAGAUCAGCGGUUGCUUGAUGCUGAACAUGGAGUCGCAACAGCUUUGGGUGAAUUGUCUGCUGCUAAAAUGGCGCGAGAUGCACUUGAGGACAAGUUACAACAGCAGCUUGAACACAAUCGUAAUCUAGAUCAGAGAUUACGGCAGUCUCAGUGGGAGAUGGCAGAUCUAGUCAAGAGUCAUGCUGUGAAAGUUGCUGAAUUAGAAGUGACUUUAAAUCAAGUCUUGUCAAAGCAAGAGGAUGACAAGAGAGCGAAUGAAGAGUUGCGUGUUCGUUUGCAAACAGAGUCGGAUCGUAGUCAAAAGAACCUGGAGCACGAAAAGAUAGUCUUGACGGACAGACUGUCUCAUGUAACAGCCAAACUGAAUGAAGCCGUCUCAUUGAAUACAGCGAACUCGAGCCAAUCUCACUCAUCAAUCACAAUGUUGAAGGCAACGAUUGAAGAACAAGCUGAUCGAAUGCAAGCUCUAGACUCGGAAGUGGCCAAGCUGAGGUUGGAGCUCAAGGACUCGCAGGCAUCCCAACAGCAUCAUAUAUCAAGACGUGAUGCAGAUUUACAUCAUUUAACAGAACGGCUGCAACGUACUGAAGCUGAGAAUGUAGAGUUGCAUCAAAAGAUUAAUUUGUACAAGCAGGAGAUUUCCAAGAGGAUGGAAGUUGAGGGUGCUCUGAAUAGGAGUAUGACUGAGCAGAAUAUGGAAUGGGAGAGGAGAUAUGAUGAGCUGAUGCGAAAGAGGUACUGGGAACAAGAAGACUUUAUUCGUUCUGUAGUUGCUUCUAAGGAUCGUGCUGAAGCCGACCUCAAACUUUUGAGAUCUCGCUUGGAUCACGCUGAUACUCAAGGUCUAGCAGCGGAAACAGAUGCAUGGAUUCAAUCUAUGGAGGGAGAAAACCAAAUGCUCAAGGGUCGUAUUGACGAGCUCAUGAUACAAAAUGACCAGCUUGCUACAGUCGUGCAUCAAAUGAAGGAGGACAUGGCCUCGCUAUAUCACAAUAAUAGUAUGGCCGCACAUAAACCGAGUGAAGAUGAGCUGGCUCCUCUUCAUCGUCUUUUGGCACAAAAGCAAGCAUUGAUUGAUGACUUGCUCGAGGCUCAAACUCGCCUACAUGAGCGGACUCGUGCCUCCCUCGUAUUUAAGGAGAAUGUCAGACCCGUGCUACCUGAUACCCAACCAUCAUCUACAAAUAAAACACCGGAUGCCUUGCAGCACGAGAAUGCUCAACUACGAGCUCAAUUACGAUCUGCUGCUUCAGAUCUCAAGAAGCUAGCUGGUGAACGCAUCAAGCUCAUGGACAUGAGCAAUGCACUACGAGCCGAGUUACGAAUGCUUCGAGAAUCUGCAACAACAGAUGAAGAUAUCGAAGCUGUAAACAAUAUGAACGAUGCAGCUGUAAAAACUCGUACACGAUCUGCAGUUCGUGUGAAACCUUUAGGAAGUUCCACCAAAACGGGUACGAAACGAGUAGUUGUAGUAACUUCUACCACACCUGCUGCCACUAUGAAUGGUAGUCAUAAUAGUAGACCUGCUGCUGCGGUGAUAAUUGGAUCUGCUCCCAUUUCAACGCGGCCUGGAAGGACGAGGAUCGGUGAAUCUCCUAUGGAUCCUAUGGAGAAGGAGUCAUUGCGUAAAGCUGAUUUGAGGACUAGAGGGAUUCGGAAUUGGAAUGAUAAGGACGAUUUGUAG